GGGAAUACAGUGAUGGAAUACGGUGUGAGUGUGCGUGAUGCAGUGUGUUUUGUAUAUGAAUCACGAGUGCUUUGUGUGAUGCAUCGGAGUACCGGUGAUCCGGAGCUCCUGUGCUCCGCGGAACGUCAACAAGGAGCCGGUUCUAACCUAUAUUGGAUAUUUUGAAUGUCCUGCUCUAAAUACAACCUGGAAUGCAUGCCAGAAUACGUGUGCAAGGACCAUCGCCAGGCAUGCAUGUACCGAUCCGGAGCUCCUCUGUACUCCGGCGUGGAGCGUCGACCAAGGAGCCGCGCUGUUCCAGCCCGGAUAUUUUGGAUAUUCUGCUCUAAAUGCAGUCAGGAAUGUCAGGAUAUGUGUGCAAGGAUCAUCGCCAGAUGCGUGUGGCAGAUACAAUGGGUCGACGUUGGAGAAGGCCGAAGUCCGGAUAGCAGCACGGGCACGUCGAGCCGAUUAAAGCUGCCCCGCGGGAGUUUUCGACCCGGCACGACUGACCAAACCGUAACUGAGUUUCGCACACGUCCUCGGGCUAUGUUGGCUAAAUUCCUCGAGCAGAUAAUCAUGAGGGUGGUAUACGCAGUGUCAAGACAUCUCUCUCAGGAGCGACCAUCUGUGUUUCACAACGUUCUACCAUUGGCGUUGCAUUGCUCCUGUUACACCAAGAGAAGGCGGAAAAGCAACAACGAUACGAAUACGGACGAGAAACUGAGGAAUCGAUUAAGUUUCACUUUUAACUCGCUGAAAGACAUCGUAUAUAGUGACGGCACGUGCGCCAAGGUAAUCGUUAUAGCAUCCUCGCCACACGGAACGUAAGAUCUUCGUUUCCGUCGCGCUUAUGAUAAUCAACCUCUCCGCAAACGUUUGCGUUUAGUGUUUUACGGCGUUGGAUUAUACGCUGUGAAAACGACGGCUGCAAGAGAGAGAGAGAGAGAGAACAUAAUGACGCUUACGAUCAGACGAUAAUAAACGCAAUAGCAUUAUCAUAAUUACGGCGGCAUUAGCCGCGCGCGAUAUUAACCUACUGCCAGCAUAUAAUGCGUGCACAAACUUUAGACGUACGCACAGCUCUUUGGGAAAGCAGUGACCCUGAAAUUCUAAAUGUCAAAGAGAGAGGGAAUCCUUACAAUCUGUUACACUUGACCGAGAAUCACUUCUUUAAAGAAACUCGCGAUAUUCAGGCAAAAUUAUAAGUUUUAUUAAUUUUCGAUCAGAUGAGAUGAAAGUAAAAAUUUUCUUUCUUGCACUGA